CCCGAGGGGUCUGGUUUCUGCUCUCGGCUUCUUAUCAAUGGUUACUGCUCUCUGUGCUAACAUUUCCGCUUCUCCUUCAGUUGGACGUUGCAAGUACACCGGUCAAUCUGUGAGAGCGGUGCCGAUACGCGUUUUAACUGUUGGGAAGAAGAGGUCUCGUGGCGUUCAGCUUCUCAUUGACGAGUAUAUUGACAAGCUCAAUAACUACUGUAAUGUGGAAGAUGUUCAACUGCGAUCAAAUCCUAGAAAUGCGCGGGAUCCAAGAGCUCAGGUUGAUGACGAAGACGUAGCUGUUGUGAAUCUUCUCAAGUCCGACGAUUGGGUUGUGAUGUUGGAUGAGAAAGGGAAAGAGAUAUCCUCCGAGCAGAUGGCUGAGUUGGUGGCAGAUGCAGGCAAUACAGGUGCUUCAAGAUUAGCAUUUUGCAUUGGUGGACCUUAUGGCCAUGGACAACAACUGCGACAACGAGCUAACGUAUCGAUCAAGCUGUCUUCCAUGGUCUUAAAUCAUCAAAUUGCAUUACUUGUGCUUAUGGAACAACUUUACAGUUCAUGGACUAUUCUGAAGGGUCAGAAGUACCAUCAUUAGUAGCAGUGUUCGCAUGGUAUUUUCGUAUCUUUUUUUAUUUAUUGGAAGAGACCGUUUAAUUGUAGUUUAUUAUUAUGUCGGGAUGAAUAUUUAGAGGUUUGAAUAUCAUUUUGGUCCAUGUA